AUGCCACAUGGGUUGUUAGCGCAGGCUGAGCCCCCAGCUCCCAACCCAGGCCGGCAGGGCACCCGUGUCCUGCCUGGAGUCGGCUCCACCCAACUGGCCGGGCUUCUCUGGCCCCUGGAGUCUGACUCUGGGCUUGGACCCAGCUUCUGUGACCCGACCCUGAGCCUCGAGUCUCUGUCCCAGGAAGCUGCUGCGGUGAAGGCCCUGUGGGAUGAUGCAUCCCGGGAAGUGGGCUGGGGUGGGGGCAGGGUGGUUGGAGUGGGGAGAGGCAGCCCAGCUCCACCCAGUGACCAGGAGCAGACCCCUGUGGGCCUGGCACCCUCUCCCACGCCCAAGGACCAGCUGGACUCGGGCAGGCCAGCCCGUCGGCCUUGCAGCCUGCACAGCCCUGGGCAGCGCCUGGCCCAGGGAGGACAGGCUGGGGGCCCCUGGGGUCUCUGGGCAGAGGGCUUGGGGAGGCCCAGACGCCCACCGGGCCUGGGACUAGGUGUGUGGGGGCAAAGGCUGAGACGCAGAGAGAGCCGGUGGAGCAGGAAGCUCACCGGGCAGAGAAGGGGCAGCACAGAGGGGAAGGGUCCUGGGAGCUGCGGUGGGAGGCAGCGGGGAGCACAGAAGGGGAAGGGGCUCUCCCGGGGGAGACAGGUGGGGAGCUCGGCGAGGGGCUGGGGGCUCAGCCAGAGGGAGGUGGCAGGGAGCUGGGUGGGGUUCGGGAGACGCAGGAGGGUGGCGCGGGCACCGGGGCUGGGCGCUGCGGGACAGCCCAUCCCUGCCCAGCUCUGCCCGCCCGCGAGGGUCGCCGCUUCGGCCGGCGCCCUCAGCGCCCACCCCACCGGCGGGAGGAGGCGGGGAGGUGGCUGCGCCCGCCGCCGCCGCCGCCGUGAGUCAGGCUUGGGCUGCAGCCGCCGGCCGGUCCUGGCGCUGCGGAGGGCGCGCAGGCGGCUGAGGAGCAGCGCUGCCAGUCCGCGCCCCUCCCCGCGCCGCCCCGCGCGCUCCCCGCUCCGAGGUCUGGCCGCCGGGACGCGGAGCGGCGGGACAGCAAGCCACCGGCGGGACGGCGGAAGGACGCGCGCAGCGAGAGCAGGGUCGGGCCCGGCCGCCAAGGAGUCGCCAGCCCAGGGCCCCGGCCAGUGCCCAGCCCCGCUGGGAGCCCCGGCCAGCACCACGGACGGCGCCCAGGAAGCCCGAGUCCCCCUGGACGGGGCCUUCUGGAUCCCAAGGCCCCCAGCAGGUUCGCCCAAGGGCUGCUUCGCCUGCGUGUCCAAGCCCCCAGCUCUGCAGGCUCCGGCGGCCCCGGCCCCCGAGCCCUCGGCCUCGCCCCCCAUGGCGCCCACUCUGUUCCCCAUGGAGUCCAAGAGCAGCAAGACAGACAGCGUGCGGGCUGCUGGCGCCCCCCCGGCCUGCAAGCACCUGGCGGAGAAGAAGACCAUGACGAACCCCGCAACCGUCAUCGAGGUCUACCCAGACACCACGGAGGUGAACGACUAUUACCUGUGGUCCAUAUUCAACUUCGUCUACCUCAACUUCUGCUGCCUGGGCUUCAUCGCCCUGGCCUACUCCCUCAAGGUCCGGGACAAGAAGCUCCUCAACGACCUGAACGGGGCGGUGGAGGACGCCAAGACGGCCCGGCUAUUCAACAUCACGAGCUCCGCGCUGGCCGCCUCCUGCAUCAUCUUGGUCUUCAUCUUCCUGCGGUACCCGCUCACCGACUACUGAGGCCCCGGCAGGCACGCCGGCGGGACACGCGGCCCUGAGACACGGCCGGCACGACGCCGGAGGCCCCGCGGUCGGGGCAGAGCCGGGCGUGCGCCCUGGGCCCCGCGAAGCUGAGCCAGGCAGUGAGGCCGUCGGAAGCUCCGUCCGUCAAGGGGGCGGCGAGCUUCAGGCCGGACAGGCCUCUCUGCCUCCUGGCCCCCCGCCCGUUCCUGGGGGCCCCUGGGUUUCUUCUUGUGCCGCUGCACCCCAGCUUUGAGUGGCUGCCCCCCUCCCUGCCUGUGCCCCCCGCCCGGGCUCCCGGGGCCCCUCAGACCUGACACCCCGCAAGAAGGGCUCGAAUGGGAGCUUCCCAGGGUGGGGCGGGGGCCUGCCAGCAUCUGGGGGCUCACUGCCCCCUCGACGCCGCCUCCUCCAAGCUGUGACCCUGCGCGGAGCUCUUGUGUCUGUGGACCUCCAAUAAAAUACCUGCCCAGCUGUG